CGUGUGCCCGCAGCAGUGGCAGGGCCAGUACGCCGGAACUGCCUCGUGCAAGUCGUGCUGGGAGGGAGAGGACUGCGGGUGGACUUGCGACCUGACGGACGGCACCAAGGCCAGCGUCGACCUGCAGGCGUACCUGCCAGCACUCCCGCGCCGAGCCUGCGUGGAUCGUCCAACGACCCGCAGCGAAGCUGC